AUGCCUUCCCGCGAUGUAAGCGAAGAUGGUUUUCCUCCCCUUGCUCGACAAUUCAGAAGGUAUCGAAGGAAAGCUAAGGGGUAUAUCAAAAAACCGCCUCCCAUGUAUCCAGUGGGUCCCAUUUUGAAUGUGGGUCCGAUGGAAGCAGCAAACAGCAGAAAAUUCAUGGAAAUGCUUGAUGAUCAGCCUCCAUCAUCAGAUGGGUUUUCCUGUGCUUCUGGGAGCUGGGGAAGUUUUGAUGAGGAUCAGCCGAAAGAGGAUUGCCUAUGCGAGAGCACCAGUGGACAUAGAUUCUUGUGGCUCCCUGACGUCGACCACCGCCAGAACAGGUCAAGAUGAAUCGUCCAAGUGAGUACGGAGAAUCCACAAGAAGUUUUACCUGAGAUUCUUAGACGAACGGCUAAGAUUGGAAAGAUAGUUGGAUGGGCUGCCACAAAGCAGCUAUUUUUAGGCUUUCAUCAAGCUAUGAGGAUUGUUUCUCACUGUGGAUGGAACUCUACAGUGUGGGAGCAUAUGUAUGGUGUUCCAAUAUGCAGCAGGCCAAUGUACGCAGAGCAACAGUUCAUUGCCUUUGAAAUGGUGAUUGAACUAGGAUUUAGCUUGGAACUUAAAAUGAUUACUAGAAAAGAGAGCAAAAUAAUUAUAAAUAGUGAUAAAAUUGAAAGAGGAUUAAGGUGUCUGAUGGAGCAAGAUAGUGAAAAGAGAAAGAAAGUUGAAGGAGAUGAGUGA